AUGAGUACAGUACCGCAAGUUACACAGGAUGAUUAUACGGAAACACUUAAAGUGUGGAGAUCUUUUAAAGUGGCUCAGUUAAAAGAUGUCUGUCGUUCUCUUGAAUUAAAUGUUGGUGGUAGAAAACAAGACCUCGUGGACCGAGGGGAGGCCUUUCUCAGCUCAAAAUUCAAUAAUAAUGACCAAAUUGGGUUUCAUGCCGCUAAGUCACUUAUUUUCAUGCGUUUACAGGGGGACCCAUUACCUAGUUAUCGUGAUAUGCAUUAUGCCAUAAGAACAGGGCGAUUUAAGUUGACUGCUCCAACAUUGAUUGGUACAAGUUCCUCCACAAACCAACUUUCGAAUAUACACUCAGGUGACUCAAAGCCAUAUAAGGGACAUACUUUGUACUUUAAAGCGACUCCUUUGUAUCGAUUUUUACGAUUAAUUCAUUCAACACCCAUGUUACUUAUACCUAAUGGAAGAAAUAGUGUGCAGACUUGUCAUUUUAUUUUCACAGAAGAAGAGUAUAAGUUUUUGCAAGACAAACCCCCUCAUAUUAAACUAUAUAUUCUUUGUGGUAUCCCCGAUAUGCAACGAUCUAACGCGACCAACAACGUGUCUAUUGAGUAUCCAGUCGAAACAGUUAUAUAUUUUAACAAGCACGAAUUUAAAGACACUUUUCGGGGAAUUUCAGGUGAAACCAAUACAGCUGUACCGGUAGAUAUCACAAAGUACAUAAACUCUCCACCUCAAAGAAACGAGAUUGUGUUUUGUCACCUGGCGAAUAAUGCAGGCUAUAUGAUGUAUUUGUACCUUGUGGAAGUAAUACCUGCAGAAAGGCUAAUAGAACAAGUUCAAAACCGGCCAGCUAUUCCAAAAAGUGAAACAAUCAGAAAUAUAAAGGAUAUGAGUCGUUAUGAUGGUAUUCAAACCACCAAAUUGCCAUUACGAGAUCCGUUAUCAUACACGAAAUUGGCAAAUCCAACAAAAUCUGUCCAUUGUGACCAUUAUAUGUGUUUUAAUGGGAUGCUUUUUAUAGAGCAGCAGCGAUUGGUUGAUGAAUGGAAAUGCCCCGUGUGUCUGAGAGAAAUUAAGUUUGAGGAUUUGAGAAUCUCAGAAUAUUUUGAGGAGAUAAUUAAAAAUGUGGGUCCUGAUGUAGAUGAGAUUAUUAUUAUGCAAGACGGUAGUUGGAAACCAGUUGUUGGAGAUGAUACAAAUACAACGAAGAAGAGGACUGAAAGUGCGUCACCUGAAGCGAUUAUAUUACUUUCAGAUGACGAAGAUGACGUACUGGCUGAUGAGGUGGAUGCAAAUGUUCACUUGGAAAAUAAAGAAGAUGAGAGUGUCAACAUCAAUAGAGUUGACAAUACACCAGAAGCAGAAGUGGAUAUUACUGAGUCAAAUAAUAAUCAAGAGACACAGAUAGAUAAUGAGAGCAUUCAAAGUGAUGAUCUUACUGAGUAUUUAAUUGAUCAUGAACACCAGCAACAUGAGGAAGCAUCUGAUAAAGUGGAAGAUAACAACCCAACAUUACCAUCACAGCAAAGUCCACAAGCUGAAACAAACAACGAUGAAACCAGUAAUAUGAAAACAACUUUGCAGGAAGAUACAUCGGCUCCUCUUCCCAAAAACGGUGUACAAGAAAAUGAUGCACCUUUAGGAGACGCAAUUGAUACAGAACAGAACUUACGCGAAGAUCAAACUGCAGAAGCUGUUGAUCCCGCAGAUUCCCCUAUAUCAGUUAUAAAUGUGACACUUGAUCCACCAAAUGAAGCCAAUAAAGAAAAUUCAACUGAGAGCAGUAUUUCAUUAUCGAAUUUGUCACCAAAGAACAGAGAAUCAUCGUUAAGCUCCAGUUCACCACAAUCAGUGCCACCCUCAAUGAUCACACCGAUAUCUCCUAUGUCAGCUCAAGCUUCAAGCGAUAAAGCGCAAGUAUUGCAUGGAGAUUCUAACACUUCUAAUCAACCUCGUUACACAAGCUCACCAGACUCUGCUGCACUGCCAUUAUCACUUACAGGUCCCAAUGACAUCAAUGAAGAAAAUCGAACUCCUCAGUCCCACAACCUAAAUAAUACCGACGCUUUACAUGGUCAGGACUCUAGCAACUCACAAGCUGUGUCAAAUAGUAGAAGCAUUCAAUCUGUACCAACAGCUGCAGUUUCUUCAAAGAAUCAAGGUAAUCAACACAGUGAUGAUCAAAUUAGAAGUUUGAAUGAAGAAAUUAAAAAACUUAGACAAGCUCUUUAUUAUCGGGAUUUAUAUAUAAAGCGGCUACCUUUAAAUCAGCAGCAUGCUCUUCUUCAACAACAGCAACAACAGCAAUUACAACUACAACAGUUAUCGCAACAACGUCCGAACGACCAUCAAAUCCAUCAUUUUCAGCAGCAACAAUUAUUACAGCAACAGCAACAGCGACAACUUCGACAACUAGAACAGCAGCAACGGCUACAGCGACAGCAAUGGCAACAGCAACAGCAACUACUACAGCAACAACAACAACAACUUCCUCGCCAACUUCCCCUACAGUCUCCCCAACAACUUCCCCAACAGCAACAUCUUUCACCAGAAGAUCAACUGCAGUUUCUUCAAUUAACUCAACUUCCACAAUUCCGCCGGCUUCAACAACUUCAAUCCCAACAACGUCAAUCUCAACAACGUCAAGCCAAUCCACAUCAACAACAUCAGCAAAAUUACUUGCAACAACCACAACAUAAUAAUGCUCAACUACAUUUGAAUAGGAACCUGCAUCAGUUGCCACAACAACAACAGCAACAGCAACAUCACCAUUAUCAACAACAGCAACAGCAACAACAACAACAACAACGGUUGCAAUUACCACAGCAGCUACGCUCCUCACCUCAAAACAGAUCAUUUCAAACUCAACCGAAUGAACAGCAGCGGGUCAAUUCUUUGUCAAGAUCCACUGAUGCAACGCCUCUACUGAGACAAAUAGUCCUUGAUUUCGGCACUUCGGUACCGUUACCCACACAAUCUAGUCGGCCAACUCUUGAAGAACAAGGAUCGUUUAAUUUAAAUUUAUUGCGUCAUACACCAAACCUACAGACUGUUGCAAGCCAUAGUCCUUGGUCACCUGUUGCUACAGAACCUAAGAAUAGAUCUUUUUCUGACUCAAACAUUGCGGUAGUGAACGGGUUAAAUGAAUCCGAUCCCAUUGAAGAUAGACCCCUUGCCUCCCUAAGUGGAAGGUCGAAGUCUACCAACAAUAUGUCAAACCAUAACACCAGUAACGUUUCCUCCUCGAAUUAUCAGGUAUCAGAAAAGCAACAACAAGUACAUCGAUUGCAGAGUAUAAAUGCUAAUUCUAACAAGAAAGAAGAUACUGAAGUCGAAACGACAACUGAUACAAAUUUACAACAAGGUCUGUCAGCUGAAAACACCACGGACGAGCAGAAUUCAUUCAGAUGCAAUGUCCAAAAACCAAUGCUUGCAAUCAAAAAUUCUGACCCCAGUCAAAACCAUGGACAAGUUGAGGACACCCAAACCAAGAAUAGUAUCAACGGUACUAGUACUGGAGUUGGUGGGACCGCUGUUUUUGAAGGAAACCUGAAACUCCAAACAAACUCUGUUCAGUCUCAUAGUAACUCGCCAAGGAAGGAGCAGAAUAGUACUUCCGUGGUACCAAAUGGCAAUCCUCAACAAAUAGUAAUCGGUAACCCAUCUAGUAUGGUUGAGAAAAAAGAUAAUGGUAUCGAUUACAACCGAAAUACUUUUCAAAUAGAAGAUCUGGUUGUGAAUUUUGUCGGUAGGGAUACCGUAAACCGUAUCAUUGGCUUGACGAAUUUGAAAGAUAUCCAGAAGGUAGUAGAAAAUAUCAAUAAUAGGAAAAUUGUCAUUGAUAGUAACGUUGAGGCGGAUCGAAAUAGGAAAAGAAUGAUUUUGCAAAAAUUUGAUUUCGACACGAAAAGCUUAAUAUCUGAUUUAAUGAAAAAUGGUGGGUCUAAUUAUGAGAAAAGUAAGUUGAUUAAUACUAGAAGGGGAGAAAAGAGUCGUUUAGCUACACAUUGGGAUGAUAAAUUGGAAAAGAAUCUACUGAAAUAUAAUGCUGAGUUACAAAAAUUAGAUAAAACUCUUAUGCUUUUGAAAAGACAGGCUGAACUGAUAGAGGCCAGAGACGCACAAAUUAGUGGUCAAAGUUUGAAUAGCACUCCUGUUGACAAUGCAAAUUCUCGUGGCACGCCCAGUAGUGAAACGGAUACAGCUGCGGGCCAAAGUCCAAAAAAAAAUCACUUGGUGAAUAUCCCUCCACAGACAAAUCAACUGGCUUCCCAAAAUGAGACUUUGCAAUUGUCCUCAAUAGUGACACCAUCAAAUCGAGAUUCUUCAAACAAGAUUCGUUCCGGUCCACCUCUUCAGACAUCACAGGUUCCUACCUCAAAACGUCAAAGGGUUAUAGGUAUGUUAGGUAUUGAAUUGAACGAGGACGCGUUGAAAAUCAGUGAUAGAAAGCAUGGUUUACAGAAUAGUGUUACGCCUAUCAACAAUAAAAUCAAGAACAUAAGUUUGGAUGCACUGAACACAAACAAUUGUAAGGAUCGGUUAGGAGAUUUGCAAACUCAGUUCAGUUUAAACCAAAACAUAACCAGUGGCACAAUGCAUGAUCCAAUUGUUUUAGAUAUGAGUGAUGAAGAAUAA